AUAACGUUAUCUCUCGCGUCACUCAUGUCCCCGUCGACGGCGACCGCUACUGCGGAGGAGGGGACGACGGUUCAGGUGCACCGCUGUGAUUGACGCCAGUGAAGUUUCAACGGCGCAGCGGAGCGGCGGCCGGAGAGAUGAGCCCGCGGCUGGAGGACGGCGCCUUGAUUUGCUGAGACGCGUUCAUCCUUUAGAGCGCCAUUGUUUUAUCGGCGAUGGGAUUCCUCGCGAGCGACCUGCCGCCUAACCUCUAAGGUCUUCUUCAGAAUCAGCAUGCUGCAAAGAACACUUAUGCAAAGACCAGAAUGGACACCAAAGCAGUGAUGUUUCACAAGUUUUUGAUGCAUGUGCUGAGAACUCUGUUGCGUUUACCAUAAAUAUUAUAUAGCUAGAGGACUUAAUAUUCAGUUAUUGUUUGGGACGCACUAGUACUACAGAAGCAGUAAUGGAGACACAAGAGAAAAAGGAUGCAUCGCAAAAAUGCACUGACAAUACAAAGGCAGAGACAGAGGAAAAUGUUAGCUCUGGCCACACCUGUGGAGUAUGUGGCCGUAGCUUUCCCCUUCUCAGCUCUCUCUCACAGCACAUGAGAAGACACACAAGAGAGAAACCAUACAAGUGCCCGUACUGUGAGCACAGGACGGCACAGAAAGGCCGUUUGAAGGCCCACAUUCGAAGCCAUAAACUGGGCCUUUUCAGCCAUAACCUCAGUGACAAAGAGGGGAAUGGAGAUCAAGAGCAGAAAAACACAGAGACACUUGACAGUCCUGAAAUCAUCAGCACAUGUGACAAAGCUCAUAAUGUCAAUGGGAAGGUAAAGAGAAAAGGAACCAAGAAAAAAGUUAAGAGUAAAGAGGGUGCUGAGGCCAGUGAUGGAGCUGAUGCUGGGUCUUUCACCUGCACCAUCUGUGGCCAGGUUUUUCCUCAGGUUGUUCUUCUUAAAUCCCACAUGAAAAGACACCGGAGCUCCCAGGAUCACGGUUGCAGAAUAUGUGGACGCCGCUUCCGCCAGGCAUGGUUCCUCCAAAGUCAUAUGCGCAUUCACCGGGUCAAAGGCCAGCUAAAGAGCAGCAAAAGCAACGAGCCACCCGCCACCAUCAAUGGUGUUCCUCAGGACGCAGCAUCACUGGUAAACGAAGAGUGCCUCUAUGAGCUCUGUGCUGGCUGUGGUAACUUUUUCUGUGACCGCAAGGCUUUACGAAUACAUGAAAAGCUACAUCAACUGAACCACAGUCGGAGUCAGACACAGAAUCAACCACAAGGAAAACAUGACUCCUCUGAGUUACAUAUUACUAAAAGGCACUUCCUGGAAAGCCUAAACCUCAAGUGUGUUCAACCUAAGGAAACCCCUGAGGAAAGAGGCAAGAGCAGGCGAAUUCCCGAGCUAGAUCCAAUAUGCAGUUACCAAGCAUGGCAGUUGGCCACAAGGGGACGGCUAGUGGAAGCCACGGAGAAAUGUCUGGGCUGGGAGGAGAGACUAGCUGAUGCCGAGGUGGCAUACGAUACGGAAAAGGGCGAGUACGUACCCCUGAAGCAGGAGAAGAAGCGAAAACAGUUAGACAGCUGUAGCUCCAAUGUGAAGAAGAGGAAAAGCGAGACUGGCCUUGAUCACAUACCCAAUAUUUUGGUUCACACUAAAGGCGGCGACAAGAAGAUUUGUCAGAAGGAUCGGAUUUUGCUUAAUGGGCUUGGACAUGCUUUUUAUGAGGCACUACAAGCUAAGAAGGCCAAAGACGUUCACAUCUCAGCUAAACAGACAAAGAGCAUUAGGAGCCAAGACCAGGAGGAUAGUAAAACAUACUUCUGCGAGCACUGUGAUUUCCACACUGUUGAUGCCACACUCCUCAGGUCUCACUUGCACAAGCACCACCAGGACAUCCUGGGUCCAUACAACAAACACAGCACCCUUCUGGACUUCCAAAGUGGUUCCAAAGCCUCAAGAUACAUGGACUACCUCAGACACAGAAGUGUGUUGCUUAGUCAGCCAUACUGGAAUCCCUACACAUGUCUACCUGGCCAGGUGUCAGCAGAGCCAAACAUUAAAACAGAAAAGUCAAAUGGUAGUGAGGGCAAAGAUCAUAGACAAAUGACUAAUGAUACCAGUAAUCUGCUUAAUUUAUCUGCUUUACCCUCAAGUGAAGGCGACAGCACUGUUAAUUAUAAAGUUAAAGAAGGCCUAGUGAGACAUCAGUGCCCAUACUGCUCUCACACAACCAACUACCCAGAAGUACUGUGGAUUCAUCAGCGGGUUGCACACAGAGUAGAUGGGAGCAGCUCAGUGGCACCCAAAUGGGCACCCUGUUCUAACAAUCACAAAGGUUUGAAGGCAGGUGUGUCCCAGUGGAGACGCACAGGACCGCCACCAUUCCUUGAAGGCAAGGACUGUCCUGUUUUACCUGCCCCACGGACUCAACGCACACAGCGCCCAAGUUUGCCGAUCGCCAGCAGCAGUGUCAGCAGCGAGCACUCGGCCCGUAAAUCCCAUUCAGGUGCCCCUAAGUCAAAGCAUCAGUCAAAGUACACUUCAGAUGGGACACAGUCCAGGGGGAGGGCCGGUCCCCUAACUCAAAAGAAGUCUAGUGAACACAAGCAACUUGUAGAGAGGGGAAGUAGAGGCUCGAGUGCCCAGACUCCUUCAUCCAGUGGUUUUGUGCACACCAAAAGUGUCUCUAGUAGCCAGACUACCAGCAACCCCAAACAAAGAGGCCACAGAGCUGCUGUGGAGGGAAACUUUCCACCUGAGGGUUUGGGUUUUAUGUUGGCGAGAAACAAUGACGUGACGAAUUCUAGCACAGAUGCAGGUAGACCCCAUUCCCGCAGGCAGUCGUGUGACUCCUCUUCAGGUCCAAAGGGUCCUGAUCUUUGGGCUGCCAUGAACAUAUGGGGACUUCAUGGAAGCAAAGCAUAUAUAGAACCACUACUUUUUGCUCAGGGUAAGACUGAAUCAACAGGAGAAACACCAACGGACAUGGAUUUACUUAGUCUCCUGAAAAACUACAGUUCCCACGAUCUGGCUGCCCUGUACCAGCACUGGGGUUUGGUUGACCCCAGGAUUGAUCCACAAACAAUGUUGCAGUUAAAUGGAAAUCUUGGCAGUGAAGUCAUUUCCCCCUCUGAAGCUUCCAAACAGGUGAACAGCCGCUCCACUGCAUCCUCAGGGUCUCUGCAUAAAGGAACCUGAAGGCGUCGGGCUUGCACUGUACUAACUACUGUUCUCUAAAGGAAUCAGCCAUAACUCCUGAAGGACAGGGACACUGGAUAAUGCACAAUAUAUGCAAUGCAAAGAGAUGGACUUUUCAUUCUUUUGUUGUUUGGUUGUUUUAUUUGAAGUAUUACCGCAUGCUUUUUGUUUCUGUGGUAGAAAUGUUAGUUUAAGGAAUACAAGGAGAUAUGACUUAUGAAAAUGAGGCACACAAAUUUAGGUUUAUUUACUUUAAAAAGGCACAUUAUAGAAACAAAAGCCCAGGUGGCAAUAAAAGGUGAAGCUACAGUACGAAUGCAAAUCAAUUCUGUAACUGGGGAAAGAGAGAAAGAGUUCCCACAAAUCAAUGGGAAAUACCAAAACCUAGCUGUGCCCUGAUGUUUGGUUUCUUUGUUUUCUGGUUUAGGGUGAUUAUAGUAUUAGUACCUAAAUAUAAAUUGCAAAUAUAAUAUUGUCAAUUUUUAGUUUAACAGAAUAUUUGACAUUUUACCUGAGAGUAGACGUGAACACUGGUCGGCCUUUCAGUCUUUUGAGUAUUGUGAUGACCGCUUCUAUAGUUUAACUAUGCAAAACAUCAACUUCCCACUGCGAGUACAGGCCUAGUUAGAGCUACAUGUGACCAGAAUGCAGGCAUGAACAACAUUAGUUCCUCAUCCCACACACAUUCAGAAGAAAUGAUGCAGUGGUUUUGUUAUUAUCAUCACUCCCAAACUGAAUGUUGUUAUUCAUUUGCUCUGCAACCAACAAUCUGACAUGAUCAACUGCCUUCAACUCAAACUUGACAGUAUCACUUUGCAUUUGCUAAAUUACAUUUUUUUUUAUAUCACAACGGGUUGCCAGACGCAAACAGUGUCAUCAGUUUAGCAAUCAUUGUCUACUUAUGUUGCAUGUUUGUAGUGCCACUAAAUGGUAGCGAAAAGCAUCAAAGUGAAGAUAAACUAGCAACUGUGGGUUCAAUUCUU